AUGAGUGUAAUCUCUGAUCUCACCGAGAAAGCAAAUGAUAAACUGAAGAUUCUGGAGGAUUUGACAUCAAAUGUAAAGCAGAUUCAAGACAAUGUAUUGGAGGAGAUACUCACACUCAACACAAACACAGAGUAUCUCCAACGCUUCUUCCAUGGGAAAUUUGAUAAAGAGAUUUUCAAGAAGAAUGUACCUGUAGUGACUUAUGAAGAUGUUAAGCCAUAUAUCCAACGUGUCGCGAAUGGAGAGCCUUCCAAUGUCAUAUCAACCCGGCCUAUUACCGGUUUCUUACUAAGUUCGGGAACGUCAGGAGGAGCACAAAAGAUUAUGCCAUGGAAUGAAAAGUUCUUGGACUACUUGACAUUCAUGUUUGUAGUCACCACCACCGCCAGUGCGAUAACCAUGCCCCAAUAAUCACCACAAAUAUUGAUCACAAUUUUUUUUCCUGUUACUGGCAACUGGUUCAAAAGAAGGAUAAAACCGAAAAAAUAUUGCACAAAUGCUACGAGAUCUAAUAACAUCAAAAUCACCGCUAUAUUCUUAAUUUGUUGGUAAAAUAUGGCUAGUUCACAAAUAAGCCCUU